CGCGGAUCGGCCCAGCAUGGAGGGGACGCGGCGCGCCCUGCUCCGCCUCGCCGCCGCCUGCUGCCUGCUCUGCGCCCUGCCAGGAGAGGGGCAGAAGACAGGAGAAACUUUGGUGACACCGUCACCUUUUCUCAGCACAAUGCCAACCUCACACCAGCCUGGUGAAGCCGCUGAACCCAGUCCAGAGACUACCACCAUUCCUGAAACAGGCUCAGAAAAAAACAUGACUGCUGCAGUGGCCAAUGGCACUGGAGCCCCUGCUGCAGAGGAGAGUGCCUCCAUCUCCACUCCGAACGUGCCAGGCACCGAGGCAGAGGGACUGCAGAAUUCUUCCACCUCCAGCCCAGGGGAUGUCACGGUUACAAAUCAUGAGCACCACAACACAAGCCUCUCAGUUAACAGCAGCACUGAAAUCCCUUCCUCAGAUGCCAGUACUCAGGAGGAAAAUGCACCUGGCCAUGAAGGCACAGAGUCUUCGAGCACAACAGAAGUGGGUGCAGGCAGUACAGCCCCAGCAUCUCCACCAAACAGUGUGCCAGCAACAACCAACAGCUCGCACCUGGGAUCUUCUGACAGUCAGAUCGUGGGGUCUACAACAGUGAGAUCUGGGACCACAUCAGGGAUGAGCCCUGACACAGAGACAAGCACCAUGGAGCCACAAACUACCUCUGCUCCCUUCUCCACCAAAGGGAGUAUGUCUUCUGCUACCACCUCCAGUGCUGCGACAGUGACUCUCGUUGUGACCACCUCCACUGCUAGCAGCACAGCUGCUGUCAGCACCAGUGCAUCUGCACUAAAGCAGCCAGUAGAGCUUGUGCAUGAGAAAGCUUCUGUGUUGGACGUUGGCGAUGAUAAAAAUCCAGAGCUGCCCAGCUUUCCUUUGGCCGAGACAACAAGGGCUGAUCCCUUAGUAAUCGCAGUGAUCUCUGUCUUCAUUGUCAUGGUGGGCAUCCUGGGCCUGGUGGCCUUCUUGAGAUAUCGCCAGCACAACAGCCGCAUGGAAUUCCGGCGCCUGCAGGACCUACCUAUGGAUGACAUGAUGGAGGACACCCCCCUCUCCCUCUACAGCUACUAGACAGCCAGACUGAACUUCCCAGGGGAGAAGGCCUCGAGGACUUGGUCCCAGAUGAGCUGCUGAGGAACGAGUGGCUGUGAUUUGCACACGACUGAAAGAUCUUUUUCAAAUGGCUUUUGGUUUUAGACUUUUCAAAAUAUUUCAAUGUUGAAGUUUUUAUGCUGGGAAUCAGAGCCCAGGUUUGGCCCUUUCCUCCAGGCUCUCCUUGAAACAAUGCCCUGAAGAGGUGCUUUCUCCUUUUAGUGUUGUGGCCAGUUAGCCAAGACAGUGUUUGGCAGCAUGCUCCCAAGGGACUCUUCUGCCCCUCUUGGCAACUGCUGCUUCCAAAGGAAGUGGGCAAGUGAUCCAUAUAAGAGCUCUUACACUGGUGGUGUCAGCACAGUGCCAGCAAAGGAGACUGUUGCUUCCUGAGGGACCUGAGGAUGGGGAGAUCAGUUCUCUUGGGCUCCCUCUUGUUCUGUACUUUAAGUUUUUUUUUUUUCCUUGCACUUUUUUUGUUCCUGUUUCAGCUUUAGUGCUGGAUUGGGCACUGUCCAUCCUAAAAUGCCUGCCAGGAGGAUGGCAGACUGCUCUGCUUCCUUCCUACCUCUAUACCUUUCUCUUCAACCAGGAAAAACAGCUUUGUGACCACUGGAGAAGUGCCCUUGCUACGUAAUGUUGCUCUGAAGUUGCCAAGAGGGAAUGAACAUAAUUUUAGUAUAAGGUUUGAUAGGACUCAAUCAAUUGCCAAUUAGACACACUAAUUUGGUCUCACCAAGAUCAGGAGUCUGCGUCUGCCAUAGUUGAUGCUUUCAGCAUAUGCAUAAACUCCUCACCCAAGUUCAGUAAAUGCUUUAGUCCAUUUCCCUUUCUGGAUUGACACAUACCUUUCCUCAGGUACCUCCCAUUUUGCUGCUAGCAUCUCAUUGCUGAAAGUUGUACAAAAUUAGUACUGUACUAUCCCUCCUCUAUUAGUGCAAGAUCUAAAUUCCUUUAUUUUCUAAUGUUGGUCUUUGAGGCCAGUUCGUGUCUUGUCAUGAGGACAAAUCCUGGAUGCAGGUGCCUUCCUCCUGUUCCCUUCGUAGGUGUUAGGAUGCUUAGAUUAUGCCUUUUUGCCUCAAAACAUCCUUGCUGUAAACUGCAUCCAAGGUGUUGCACCAAGGCUCCUGAGCUCCCUCAAAGGGCCAAAGCCUCUGAGUGCAAGUCUGAGGAUCUUCGCAUGUCCUGUCUUUAGGAAAAAAAAAACAAUUUGCGCAUUGCAGGAUUCCAAGUGUUGUACGGAAGACUUCAUGUAAGUAACACCCAUUCCCAUUUUCUAAUUCACAUUUGAUGGCAGGUAAGAGAAACAUGUGCCCAUCUCCCCUUCUCUAGACUGAUUUUUGAUGAAGCCAGUUGCUCCCUCAAGAGCAACAGCAAGGGCUAGAGAUCUUCUAUCACAUUGCUCUUACAAACUGCAAUCUCCCUUCUCCCUUCAGGGGCAGCACUCACUGACCCCCAACAAAGGACAGGCUCUUGCCUCACUAGCAAAAAUACCUUCUUCCUCCAGUUAUUUAUUGCUCAUACUAGUGCAGAAGGAAGGGAAAGGGGAAUUUCCCCACCAGCAAGGCUCAAAUUAGUAAUCUCUAUAAAACUCAAAGAUGGGGCUGCCUGUAGAGAACUUGUGUGGGUCAAAUAGAUGAACUGGCUAAGGCAUUAGUUCUCCUUUCCUGCAUUACUGCUUCCCAAGUAGCUGACAAAUGACCAUAGCACAGUUCUGGUUCAGCUGUUGGCUUUGGGCUUGUGUGUUUACUCUAAGGAUGCCCGGUACAAUAAGGAAGAAGGGUUGGUUCCCUCCUCCUAAUAUUACAUGAAACUAAAGGGCAAUUGUCACUGCUCCAAAGCUUUUGUAUCAAGUGUUGUCUGCACAGAGCAAUCUCCCUAGCUACAGGCUUGUUUCCCCUGCCGUAGGGCAGGGUGCUACUGGUUUUUGGCACAAAAGAGAGGCAAGUUAGUUGUGGAAAAUAAAACUCCAUCCUCGCUGAAACUGGUGUAGGCUGGUGUAGCUGGAAAGAGUCUCUGCACACAACCCAAAAUGCAGGGGCUGGUUGUUCUGGUUUCCCAUCCAUCACUGUCCAGGUGAGGAAGAAAACUCGCCAAACACCAAAGUGCAACUUUCUCUGUAAAAUAUGUUAAUAGUGGAUUUUUUUCUGCAAUAAAGUUACAAAUGCCAAAGGUU